AUGAGCUCAGAUCUCGACAAGGCGCGCAGAGCUGCGAGCAAGAAUUUCCAACACUUCUCCAAGAAGGCGGAGAAGCACAUGCAGAAGGCCGAAUCAGUCUUCGAGCGUGGGGCAACGAUGCUGAUGCAGGAGGCCGAGAACAUGCUGUCGGGCCCCUCCUCAUCGAAUCCGAAACCCGCUCUCCGAG